AUGGCAUCCAAGACAAAGACAACAAAAGGUAAGAAGAUUAAAUCCAAGAAGCCACAAGAUAUAAUGACAAAAAAAGAAUUCUACAAUUUAACCCUCCCCAGCCUAUUCAACAACAAAUCAGCCGGGACCACAAUCAUUGAUAAAAGUCAAGGAAAUUACUUCGCCCCAGACGCACUACGUGGCAGAACAUUCGAAGUAAACCAGGCAGACCUCCCAGAUAACACUAACUCAACAAGAAAGUUCAAAUUCGUAAUAGACGGGACUAAGGGCAAAGAUGCAAUUUCCUCAUUCCACUCCAUGGAACUGAUCAGUGAUAAGGUAAAAAGUAUCCCAAAGAAGUGGCACACUCUUAUUGAGACAUGCUCCAAGGUAGAGACACAGGAUGGAUAUACUCUAAGAAUAUUCACUAUCUGCAACACUAAAAGAAAGGCAAAGUCAGUCAGCAAGAACUGCUAUGCUAAAUUAUCACAGGUUAAGAGCAUACGUAAGGUGAUAUUUAAGAUUGUCUCAGAGGAAUUCGCAGGAGACAUAAACGAAGCCAUGAAGAAAAUGAUGACAGAAGUGGUUGGAGGCCGAAUGGAACAGGAAGGUGCUAAGAUAUACCCACUCCAGAACUGCUACAUCAAGAAGGUUAAGGUCCUGAAGAGACCACGCAUUGAGGAGGGAAUAUUUGAUGUGAAGGUAAAGGGAAAGAAGGUGGAGGUGAUUGAAUAA